AUGAAGCCUUCCAAAACGAGUAUCCCGAUUAUUGGAGUAGGAAGUGUGCCUUCAGGAUCAACGAAGGGUGCUGUUGACAUCACUUUACGAUCUAAUCAUUCUGAAGACCAGAUUGAGCUUCAUGCGCACGUACUGCAGUCUCUUACCGUCGAACUGCCUCCAGUCGUCAUCGCCAGUCAAUCCUGGAAUCAUAUCUCUGAUUUGGAACUAGCAGAUCCAGAUCAUCUAUCACCAGGUCGAAUUGACGUCCUCAUUGGAGCUGACUUUUAUGGCUUAAUCAUUAAGCCUGGAGUAAUCACCGGAAAACCAGGUCAGCCUAUCGCCAUUCAGACUGUCUUUGGAUGGGCAGUUCUAGGACCUGCUGGUCCAUCUUCUAGCACCUCGCCUGCACAUCAAGGUCACCUAAUCUCAAACCUGCAGCUUCACGAACUCGUCUCGAAAUUCUGGGAGCAGGAAGAAGUUCCAGCGUCUCACCAAGAAUCUCUUAGUGCUGAAGAAGCCGAGUGUGAAGCACACUUCAUCGCCACUCACUCUCGCGACAGCUCAGGUCGCUACAUCGUGCGAUUGCCCUUCAAACCCAAUGCUCCUCCGCUUGGAUACUCGAAAGGCAUUGCACAACGUUCGCUAUCUCGCAUUCUCAAUCGCAUCGCCCAACAACCAAAUCUUCAUCGACUGUACACAGAGUUUCUCACCGAGUACGAGUCCCUGGGUCACAUGGAGAAAGUUCAACCGUCAACUGCUUCAGACGUUGUCUAUUACCUCCCUCAUCACGGAGUGAUGCGCAAUAACAAAAUUCGUGUGGUGUUCAAUGGCUCUAGUAAGACAACAUCAGGCUAUUCGCUCAACGAACUGCUUCAUGUCGGUCCCAAGACUCAGAAUGACAUCUUCGACGUGCUGUUGUAUGUCCGUCGCCAUCGCCUCAUCUUUACAACGGACGUAGAAAAGAUGUUUCGCCAAAUUCUCAUACAUCCUGAUGAUCGCAAGUUCCAACGCAUCUUAUGGAUUGAUAAUAACUCACAGAGCCAAGAGUUCGAACUUACCACAGUUACAUACGGAACUACAUCAGCUCCUUACUUAUCAGGCCGCACCCUGAGACAACUACUGCUAGACGAAGGUCACGACUUUCCUUUAGCUGCUGAACCGAUCGAAAGGGGAAGUUAUGUCGACGACAUUACUGGCGGUGCUGAUGAUCUCGACUCUCUCAAUGCUAUCGCAAAACAAGUUGAAGAAAUGUGUCUACGAGGAUGCUUCCCUUUGGCAAAGUGGAAGAGCAAUCAUCCUGAUUUCUUCAAAAUUAAUCUAUCUUAUCAACCAGGUUCAGAGUAUCAUGAAUUUAACGAGUCAUCCUCCAAGAUUCUGGGUCUAGCCUGGCAGUGUGCGCCAGAUCUGCUCAAGUUCACUGGUCAGUCCUCACCCAAGGCAGCUAUCACCAAACGCACCAUCUUAUCCGAAACAGCUCAACUGUUUGAUCCUCUGGGCUUGAUCUCGCCAGUCAUCGUCCGCGCCAAAAUCUUAAUGCAAGAUUUAUGGCAACAAAAGGUCGGAUGGGAUGAUACUCUCACGCCGCAAAUCAUUCACCGCUGGACGUCGUUUCGCGAUGAGCUAUCUCAGCUAUCUCAACUAGCAAUUCCUCGGUGGCUCAAUCUACUCACUGAUAGCUCGGAAGUCGAGAUACAUGGGUUUUCAGAUGCCUCUCAAGCUGCAAUGGCUGCUGCUGUUUACCUCAAAGUAACGACUUCUAACGGCUCAUCAACAGUAACUUUAGUCUGUUCAAAGACUCGAGUUGCACCUCUUCAUCGUCUCACAAUUCCACGGUUGGAAUUAUCAGCUGCUUUGCUGUUAUCAAAACUAGUCUCUCGCGUUCAGUCAACUCUCCAGCUCCAACAUGUUCCUGUUUCAUUGUGGACUGACUCCGCUGUGACUCUGGCCUGGAUUAACAGUGAUCCAAUGCGCUGGAAAGAGUUCGUAAAGAACCGAGUUCAAGAGAUUCAGCAAACCUCGCCAAACGCCACCUGGAGAUUCGUCUCAGGAAAACAAAAUCCUGCAGAUUGUGCUUCUCGAGGUCUAACACCUGCUCAACUCAUCAACCAAAAACUCUGGUGGUCUGGACCCGACUGGUUAGCCCAACAGAGUCAUCUUUGGCCAUCUUUCACGGCAUCAGAUGAUCAACUUGCUGACAUCGAGAUUCGCCCUAGCACAGUGCACGCAUCUUCAAGUACCAAGCUGCCGUUUGAUGUCCUAUUCUACGAAGACAGACCUCUCACAAAGCUGUUACGUGUCACAGCCACGAUUCAGCGAGCAGUGGCGUGUUUCAAGAGAGUUCCUGCGUCCAGCUUGAGCUCUUCACCUCUAAACCCUGCUGAUCUUCAAUUUGCUUUGACGUUCUGGAUCAAAUCCACGCAGCAAAUCUACUUCGCCAGUGAGAUUCGAGCACUAUUACAAGGUAAGAGUCUUGCUAAAUCUAACCCUCUCUCUCGACUUACAGCUUGGAUCGACCAGACUGGUUUACUUCGAGUUGGUGGACGUUUACAAUACUCUCAACUUAAUGAAGACGCCAAACAUCCUCCAAUAAUGCCGAAAGAUUCAGAAAUCUCCAGGCUUAUUAUCGCCAACGCCCACACACAUACUGCUGGAUCGCUUGGUGGUCGUGCUCCUAUCAAAUCUUUCAUUCAUCGAUGCGUCACCUGCACCAGGAUACGUGGCAUCCGUGCUCAACAACGCAUGGGACAGCUCCCAGCUUCCCGUGUCACACCUUCACUGGUCUUUGAGCAUGCUGGAGUCGAUUACGCAGGCCCAGUGUCGCUCAAGUUCUUUCAAGGGCGCGGCACGCGCUCAUAUAAGGCUUGGAUCGCAGUAUUCGUGUGCUUUUCAACUUCUGCUACUCACCUGGAGCUGGUAACUGACUACAGUGCUCAAGGCUUCUUGAAAGCGUUCAGACGCUUCACAGCCCGACGAGGAAUCUGCAAGACGCUCACCAGUGACUGCGGAACCAACUUUCAAGGUGCUAGUGUUAUCUUGAAACGGUUGCUAGCUGGUUCUACCAAAGAAUCGCAACAUCUUCAACAACUUAUUGCCAACGACGGUACAAAAUGGAAGUUCAAUCCUCCAGGAGCUCCUCACAUGGGUGGCAAAUGGGAAGCUGCCGUCAAAUCUGUCAAGCAUCACCUAUCACGCAUCAAUUCGGACAAAAUCCUCACGUACGAGGACUUCUCCACGCUUCUAACUCAGGUGGAAGCUGUUUUAAAUUCUCGACCUCUCAGUGCUCUAUCAGAAGAUCCUGACGAUCUCACAGCGUUGACUCCUGGACACUUCAUUCGAGGAGCACCCCUUACGCUUAUACCCGAGCCAACACUGGUCGACACCCCAGCAAACCGACUAUCACGACUUGAGGACAUCCAGCAGCGGCUUCAACUGUUCUGGUACCACUGGUCUGCUUCUUGCCUGAAAUCUCAUCAAACCAUCUCCAAGUGGAAUACUUCAUUCAACGACAUCGAUGUUGGAUCUCUAGUCCUGGUCACAGAUGAGCGAUAUCCACCAUCAAAAUGGCCGCUGGGUCGUGUCACCCACACUCACCCUGGUAAGGAUGAUCUUACCCGAGUUGUCACCAUCCAGACGGCUACUUCUACCUAUACACGACCAAUACACAAGUUGGUACUACUUCCUAUUCCAAGACACGAGGAAGAUUCUCAUGACGUUGCUCCAGCCACGUCUCAUCUACUUCUCCAUCGAGCGGAGAAGGGGGGAGAAUGUUCAAAUCUCCCUCUCUACUUCCCAGCCAUUACCGACUAA